CCAGCUUGGCAUCAUGCUAUGUCUUCUUCGCGAUGUUACUUCUCUUCGGUACUGUGUUUUCUAAAGUUUUGACUCUUCCGAGCUACCCGUUGAGCUUCGUUUGCUGUUCAACAAUAAAAUCGUUUCUUCUGAUACCUUGGCGGUGUUUGAUGGCAGGGGCUCGUGUUUUGAUAACCAAUCCCCCUCCCUCCCCCAGGCCAGUACGGCGAAAUUGCUCCUGGGGCUCAAGUAAUGACAGUCUCAUCACGGACAAUCAAGUGAUCAAUCUUUCAGAACCGACUUUCACAUAAGAACUGCAUUUUGUUUACGCGGGUGGUGAAUACUCAUCAUCUUAGUUCCUUGAUCAAUCCCGCGAUAUUUCCC